AUGGCGCCAGAUUACCGUCGUGAAACUCAUAUUGUUGGUGCUAGAGAGGCAAACAGCACAUCACCUACAGUGGCACAAGCCACUACUACUGCUGCAACACCAACAGCAACAGUUACUAGUGGUGGUGAUUCUGACACAACUACUUUACUGGCAACGACAAUGAAGAACACAUCACCUACAAUGACGCAAGCCAAUACUACUGCUGCAACAGCAACAGAUACUGGUAGUGGUGGUUCUGAAACUACUACUUUACUGCAAACAACAAUGUCACCAACAGUGAAUAGCACGUCGCCAACGACAGAGCCAGAAAUCACAGCUACUGGAAAUGCAAGUACUGGAGAAACAGCUUCAUCAGCAACAACCAUGGUAUCAAGCACUACCCUGUCACCAAGCAUGCUACCAACAAAUACCACGCCAACUGCGGCAUUGGCAACAAGUGCAGAGGCAAACAGCACAUCACCUACAGUGGCACAAGCCACUACUACUGCUGCAACACCAACAGCAACAGUUACUGGUGGUGGUGAUUCUGACACAACUACUUUACUGGCAACGACAAUGAAGAACACAUCACCUACAAUGACGCAAGCCAAUACUACUGCUGCAACAGCAACAGAUACUGGUAGUGGUGGUUCUGAAACUACUACUUCACUGCAAACAACAAUGUCACCAACAGUGAAUAGCACGUCGCCAACGACAGAGCCAGAAAUCACAGCUACUGGAAAUGCAAGUACUGGAGAAACAGCUUCAUCAGCAACAACCAUGGUAUCAAGCACUACCCUGUCACCAAGCAUGCUACCAACAAAUACCACGCCAACUGCGGCAUUGGCAACAAGUGCAGAGGCAAACAGCACAUCACCUACAGUGGCACAAGCCACUACUACUGCUGCAACACCAACAGCAACAGUUACUGGUGGUGGUGAUUCUGACACAACUACUUUACUGGCAACGACAAUGAAGAACACAUCACCUACAAUGACGCAAGCCAAUACUACUGCUGCAACAGCAACAGAUACUGGUAGUGGUGGUUCUGAAACUACUACUUUACUGCAAACAACAAUGUCACCAACAGUGAAUAGCACGUCGCCAACGACAGAGCCAGAAAUCACAGAUGUCUUCCAGGUACAUGCAACAGCCAAGGGUUAUGCAACACCAUCCAAUAUUGGAAAUCAAAUUGAAAUGUAUGCAACAGGGCUACCUCAAAUGCAACAAAACCAGGCUCGUGCAGAGCCAUGGAAGCAGCUACAACGAGUUGGCAUACCGAUAUUCAGCGGUGACAAACGUACGUUUGAGUCAUUCCGAGAAGCUUUCAUGGCAUGUGUAGAUAGUGCACCCGCCACCCCUCAGUACAAGCUGUUGCAAUUGAGGCAGUAUUUGGCAGGAGAAGCACUGACAGCCAUCGAGCGAUUUGGCUACUCACCAUCAGCCUAUGACGCAGCUAAGAAGUUGCUAGAGCGCAAGUAUGGCGGUGAGCGUCGCCGUGUGGCUUUACAUAUUGAACGCGCACAGCCACUUGACCACAUCGAUGGGUCUGCAACCAUUGGUACCUCCACGUGUACAGCCAACACUCCCAACAGUAACAGCAGCAACAGCAGCACAGCGGGCUGGUCGAGUCUCUGUUGA